CAUCAAGUCUGGCGUGGCCAUCCACCUUUCGCGCCACAAACCGCCAACAUGAGACCCAUUCUGCUGCAAGGUCACGAGCGUGCGCUCACCCAGGUCAAAUACUCGAAAGAAGGCGAUCUCAUCUUUUCCGUCUCCAAAGAUCACGUUGUGUGCGCGUGGUACAGCACCAACGGCGAGCGCUUCGGUGUCUACAAAGGGCAUCAGGGUGCCCUCUGGACUGUCGAUGUCGACCCAACAACCACACUCCUCGCUUCUGGAGGCGCAGACAAUACGAUUCGAUUAUGGGAGGUGCGAACGGGUAGACUGCUGAAGACGUGGGAAUUCGGAACGGCCAUCAAGCGCGUGGAGUUCAACGAGGAUGGCACACAAUUGCUGGGAGUGACGGAGAAGCGACAAGGACAACUGAGCUCGAUUGUCGUAUACGACAUCAACCAGGACCCGGAGGGCGAGCAGGUCAACGAGUACAGCAUGCGCAUUGUUGUCGAUGACAUUCCCAAGGUCACCGUGGCCGGUUUCUCCUACUUGACCAAGUUUAUCAUCGCUGGCCACGAGGACGGCAGCGUGACACAAUACGACGCCAAAGACGGCUCCGAGCUGAGCCACACCUUCCCACACGAAGAGAACUCGCUGGUCACGGAUCUGCAGUGGAGCUCGGACCGCACAUACUUCAUCACCUCGUCCAAGGACAAGACCGCGAAACUUAUCGAUGCGAAGACACUCGAUGUCCUCAAGACAUACGUCGCCGAUACGCCUCUGAACAGCGCCGCCAUGACACCCGAGCCGACGAACUAUGUCAUUCUAGGAGGUGGUCAAGCAGCCAUGGAUGUCACAACCACUUCCGCACGACAAGGAAAGUUCGAGGCGCGGUUCUACCACAAGAUUUUCGAAGAGGAGGUUGGGAGAGUGAGAGGCCACUUCGGUCCUCUCAACUACGUUGCUGUGGACCCAACUGGAAAGUCAUACUGCAGUGGUGGUGAGGAUGGAUACGUGCGUGUUCAUCACUUCGACCCGCCGUUCUUUGAGUUCAAGUUUGAGGUUGAGCGGGAGCUCGAGCGUGAGGGAAGGAUUUGAAUGGCAUGUUCAUGAGUAAACGAAGCUAGAUGGCGCCGGAAAAUGGCAUAGCAAGGCGUUGUGGCGUAAGGCACGUCCGGCCAGGUCAGGAUCAUGAAGCAAAAGAGUAUGUGCGUCUGCGGUGCAGAUAGAGCGAAUGAUAUGAGCGACUGGCUAUCGUGCCACGAUGCCUUCAUCGGACUUCCACGAAGUUGCUCGAGUAGACGUGCUCCCAGACGCGAGCGCCUCCCAAGCAUUCACUUGGAAAAGCACGCUAAAGAACUCUUGGGCAGGAGCGACGGAAGCACGCGUAAAAAAGUUGAUUCUCAUCAUGGCGAUGACCUGUUGAGGCCUGCCACUCAUAUGUACUCCAUUCGAAUGUUCAAGACAGUUUGAUGAUGAUCCCUCACAUGCUCCCAUCAUAUCAAUGCCACUCUGAC